AUGACAAAAGUUGAUACCAGGCCAUCAGCGAAUACGCGAUCGAAAAAAAAGAGAGACCGCGGAACUCCCACCACAACAUGCACAGCCUGUCUGGACUCUUUCAAAGAACCCGAGACCUUCGCCGGGAAAUGCGGACAUGCAUUCUGUCGCGAAUGUCUGAAAACCAUGUUUCUAAUGUCGAUGCAAGACGAACAGCUCUACCCACCCCGCUGCUGCAAUGAACCCGUAAAGCCGAAGAGCUUACUUCAGAUCUUAGACUUCGAUCAGAUCCGCGCAUUUGACGAGAAAGUCAUCGAAUAUGCAGCCAAGGACCGAUUAUACUGCUCCGAACCGACGUGUUCGAAAUUCAUUUCUAAGACAGCGAUUCAUCAAGAGAUUGCGACCUGUCCAGCUUGCAAGACGCAGACGCAUGAACUUUGCCGCUCUCCUGUUCACCCCGGUGUUGACUGUCCGAUGGAUCAGGCUUUGCAAAGUCUGUUGGAGAUUGCUGGAAAGCAGAAAUGGAAACGGUGCCCGAGAUGUAAGGCUAUGGUUAGUCUCUCGCAUGGAUGCGCUCAUAUCUAUUGCCGUUGUGGAAACGAAUUCUGCUACGAGUGCCAGAAGCUUUGGAAGACCUGCAAAUGUCAUGUAUGGCCUGCUGGAUAUCAUCCUUAG